AUGUUCAGAGGUUCAGCAGUAAUGAAGAGACUUCUACAGGCUAAACAGAUUUUAUCACCUGAAAGGAACUUCCAUUCAGCUUCAGUUGGUACCAAAUAUACUUCAGAUUAUAAGAAGUAUCUAAAGUUACCCAAUGGUGAAAUCGGUUCUUAUUUCCAUGAUGUUCCUUUAAAUUUGAAUGAGAGUGAGGGCACUGUCCAAAUGGUCACUGAGGUUACUCGUUGGUCUAAUGCCAAAUUUGAAAUUUCUAAAGAAGACAAAUAUAAUCCUAUUGUACAGGAUGUUAAAAAUGGACAAGUGAGGUUUGUUAAGAAUUUAUUUCCUUUUAAAGGUUAUAUUCAUAAUUAUGGUGCAAUUCCACAAACUUGGGAAGACUCCACUGAAUUCAGCAAGAUUAAUGGUACUGAAAGUUUAAAAGGUGAUAAUGAUCCUUUGGACUGUUGUGAGAUUGGUUCGGAACUAAUGGAAACUGGACAGAUCUCCACUGUUAAAGUUCUAGGAUCUCUUGCCUUAAUUGAUGAUGGUGAGCUUGAUUGGAAAGUUAUAGUAAUAAACGUUAAUGAUACCCUAGCUCCAAAAUUAAAUAAUAUUAGGGAUGUAGACAUUUACUUCCCAGGUUUAUUAGACUCAACGAGAACUUGGUUCAGAAAUUACAAAAUUCCUGAUGGAAAACCUGCCAAUGAAUUUGCUUUUGAUGGCCAAUAUAAAGAUAAAGAUGAAACUAUCGAAAUUAUCAAAGAAUGUUAUGAAUCUUGGAAGAGACUAGAAUCUGGAAUGGUUAAGACUCAAGAUACUCCAUUAUUGGAUAGGGCUGGUUCUGGCGUUUCUAUAGAACAUGAAGAAAAGGAACCUGCCAGAAUUCCUUCCAGCAUUGAUAAAUGGUACUACUUAUGA